CAUCCCUCGGUCGACCGCUUGGCCUACUUUUACGGGCAACCAGUUGAGUAGGUCCAUGUGCCUGGCAGCGCACGCGUUGGAGCGCGUUGGUGAUAUCGGUGACGGAGAGGGAGCGAGAGAGCGUAGCACGGAUGGGAGGCUGGUCCGAGCGCCCCGCCGACAUAACCUCUCCAACCCCCGCUGCCCGCCACCGUGCCGCCACCAUGCCUCCACCCCGACCCACUGCGGAUCCGCCCCCACCACCGGCCUCUACAACCACCCCUUCCUCCACCCUUGGUGGCUGCUGGCCCCGCUUUAGCUCCGCGCCGGUCUGGGUCGCGCUUCGUCAACAAACCGUGCAAUAACUGGGUCGACACAGCGUCCCCACUCCAGGGCCCGUCCUCAAACGAACCCCCUGUGUUGCAGGCCGCGUUGCCGCGAGGGCCCCGACGAUGGACCGGCUGCUGCUGGCGACCGCCGUCGUCCUCCUCGGCCUCAGCCUCAGCCCCACGGCGGAGGCCAUCAACUGCUACACGUGCUCCAGCCACAAUGGGUCGGACCCGGCCUGCGAGGACCCGUUCCACCCGGCGCACUCGUACUACAGCCAGAAGUGCAUGGUGCCCAAGAUGGGCCACAUCGGGGUGUUCCCGGCCAACUUCUGCAUCAAGCUCAUCGGCACCAACGUGGACACCAGCGAGCUGAUGGUGAUCCGCGCGUGCGUCCGCAAGACCAUGGACUCGCAGUGCGGCUCGUUCCGCUACCAGGACAACCUCAUGAACGGCUGCAUCCUGACGUGCGACUACGACGGCUGCAACUCGGCGCGCGGCCUCGGCCCGCAGGCCCUCCUGGUGGCGGCGCUGGCGGCGCUGCUGGCCGUCACCCUCGCCACCUAGACCAGCCGGGGGGCCGUCCACCAGUGACGUAACGCCGAGGGCCUCCGCACAGUGGGCCAGAAGACCGGUGGCGGCGGCCAAAACCCCGGACGCGUUUCGAGCUCCACAGUCGCUAAAUGGGACUCGAACCGAACGUCUAGAAUUUUCACCGCCUACGCUGGUCUUCUGGCCCACUGUCGAGGCGAACCUUCGUCGUGGAAGGGAUACGAGUUGAUACCAAAAAGUGAUAAGCCCAGUGUGAAGUGAUGAGCACCAACAGCACCCUCGUGGCCCGUGCUAAUUUCUCGUAAGGCGCUGUUAGGCCAACCCGCAGCACUUUGCACUGGAGCGACGGGUUGUUUGUUUUGAUUCAGUUAGAGCACCGGCCGGUCGGCGCGGUCAGUGAGUUUGUUGCUCGGGAUACGUGUUGUGGACAGGGUAGAAAAGGCGACUCUUUUUUUGUGUCGGACGUUAGAUCGAAGCUUUUUCAUCGUUGCAAUAUAAUAUGCCAUAUCUUUCAAAUUAUGAAUAUAUUCACCGAUUCCGACGCCUGAACCGGAGUGCUAAACUUACCAGUCUGUUCUCACAAAAUAGUCUCUCAACAUUAUCGUGGGGUGCUCGUUUUUUUGUGAUUUUUUUUUGUGUCUUUGAGACAGGAUGUGCCGACAGUCAGUGGACCGGCUCAGGAUAAGCACACGCCAUGGGGCUGUGCGUUUGAUAGUGUAACGAAAUAAUAAUUUUUUUACUGUGUAGCUGCUGUGUGGGCUUGACUGGAAGGGCCGUGAGUCCCUCCAAGAAAGACGUCACAUCGUAGUGACGGCCCCCUGUACAUUUUCCAAUUUUAUAGAUCAUUAUUGUCGUUUCAAAUCGUUUCUAUUCUUGUAGGAGAGUACAAAUCUUUGUACGCACAAACCAUAGGCAACGUUUACACGUGUAGAAGUAUUUUUUUUCCUUCCUUGAAAUUUCUAAUUCCACUUUUUGGUCUGUUCUCUGGCUUUCGUCAAAACGCGAAAUAGUGUGGCUACUCUCCAAGAAGUGUGUUUCGUGCUCUAAACUGCCAGUCACGUCUUGCAAAUUGUGUAUUUUUUGCCAUUAGACAACUGCAUAGGCAGCAAAAUCUGGAUGCCAGACAUAAAUCAAAACCUAGAAUUGUAAUUAUAUCGUUGGGAUGUGAAUAAAUUAUUAUGGAAAGCCUUACUACCGCGUUUUCCAUAUCGACGACCAAUAUGUAAGUAGCCCUAAAUACAUUUUUGAUCAGUAAACCGA